AGCCGAGAUGGUCUCACCUCCCACGCGCAGCCCCAAGAGGGAGCUCAGCGGAUUGGCCCAGGGAGUCUCGGCGCGCGCCGCCCGGCGCUCCAGAAUUGGUUAAGGGGGUGCUUGCGCCGCCGGGGAGCGUUGACGGUGAUUGGCCGGAGGGUGCGGCCGGCUAUUUGAAGGAGGCGCGCGGGCGAGAUACGCAGUUCAGUCGGCAGACCAAGGAGGCGGUAGUCUGUGAGCAUCGCUGUCCGGCUGACCCGACAGGACCCAGCCGUGGGCUCCGCCCCAGCUCUGGCUUGAACUGCGGCCUGGCGAGGCGAUGGCCAAGGUGUCGGUGCUGAAUGUGGCCGUGCUGGAGAAUCCGAGCCCUUUCCACAGCCCCUUCCGGUUCGAGAUCAGCUUCGAGUGCAAUGAGGCCCUGGCGGACGACCUGGAGUGGAAGAUUAUUUAUGUCGGCUCAGCUGAGAGUGAGGAGUUUGAUCAAAUCCUAGAUUCAGUGCUCGUUGGCCCUGUCCCAGCAGGGAGACACAUGUUUGUCUUUCAGGCUGAUGCCCCCAACCCAUCCCUCAUCCCUGAGAGCGAUGCCAUCGGUGUGACCGUCGUCCUCAUCACCUGUACCUACCAUGGGCAGGAGUUUAUCCGCGUGGGCUACUAUGUCAACAAUGAGUACUCCGACCCCGAGCUGCGGGAGAACCCGCCUUUGCAGCCAGACUUCUCUCAGCUCCAACGGAACAUCUUGGCCUCGAAUCCCCGGGUGACCCGUUUCCACAUCAACUGGGACAACAUGGACAGGCUGGAGGACACAGAGAACCAGGACCCUGCCCUGGGCUGCGGUCUCCCCCUCAGCUGCACCCCUAUCAAAGGCUUGGGGCUCCCUGGCUACAUCCCCAGUCUUCUCCCGGAGAACUCCAUGGACUGCAUCUAACUGGGGGACUGCAGCCAGUCUCCUAACAUAUCUGGAAGGGGCAACUGGGCCUGCCGGAGAGUCCUGUGGGGGCCAUCUGGAGGACUUUGGGGCCAUUAACUACUCCAGGCCAGUCAAACUUGUCCCCGAGUAAAGAACAGGCCUCAGGUCUCUCCCAGCCCUGGCCCAGAAGGAUCAUCUCAUCUCUACUACCCAGGCUUAUAAGAAGCAGGUACUUCAGUUCUUAAUUCUGACUGGUGUCCUUUCUCUCUUCCAAACACACUAUAAAUUUCACCUGCAGGCCAUUCUACCUACCAUGUUCCUGUGAGUACUAUGUACCCACAGCUCUUCCCACAGACCUCCCUGGCCUACCUUGAAACUUUGAAGAUCAAUGGUUGGCAAGGCUUGGACCCUGUUGGGCCAAGGUUCCAUCAUUCCUUUCUUUUCCCAAACAUCUGAGUAGAUCCACCCAGCUUUCUGGAGUCAGGCAAAGAAUCUGGGUUAGAAAGUGGACUUGGGCACAAUUUCCGCCCUCCCAGAACAAUUUUUAGGUCUUUUCAAUCCAACAGCCCCUGGAAAACUGUCCCCAAAAGUGUGAUCAGCAGGAUGCUGAACAAUGAUGGUUGACUCUCAGUCACAACCACCUUCCUGUUGCCUCCUAAUUCAAUCUGGAUUUCCCGGAGGCUGCCACUGUGGGGAGAUGCCAUGUUGGAGGGGCCUGCUAUGCUCGGUCUCAGUGUCAGCAUCUGAACCCCUCUGCUAAGACCUCAUGCUCUUAUGGGCCGCAGAGUGAUCGCAGGCAUGGGAAGCAGGAGAGACCCUGAAAACCUUCCUUCCCCCUGCCAUGCUCCCCUCCAUGCCCCCAUCUCCUUGCUGCUACAUGGAUGCUGUUGAGAUUGCAGUUUGUAUAUUAAAGGGUUUUUAUAUUAAAUAUGUUCGGUUGGUCUAAAAAUAAAAAGCA